UCGACGAGGAUUACAAUGUUUGACUGCGUCAGCACUUGGAGUAGAAUAAGUGGGUAGCAGGCAAGACACAGCCUCCUUUCGCAAUUCUAUACCAAAUUCCAGCAUCACAUUGCUGACACACCUUCCUACCUGGGCUAACAAGCUGCGCUUAAACUUAUCUAAAGAGACCGACUUGAGCGCAAACUCGUUGAGCGCCGCUCAGCUGAGCAAUUAGCCUAUUCACUUGGUCAAGAUGGCGGAAGGGUUUACAGUGAAGGACACAAAUAAUAAUGUAUCUGAUGAACAUUCUCACAGAAGUAAAGUGGAUAAAUGCAGACCUAUCUCUCCUGAUAAACAUUUUCUGUCGGUUCCUUUCAGAGGUUGUGUCAGAGGUGGAAUGAGGCCAGGGAAGAAAAUCAUUGUAAUGGGAAUUGUGAAUCCUCACCCUAACAAGUUUGUCAUCAGUUUAACAUGUGGCUGUGGCACAGCAGAGGACAUGCCCGCUAACGUUGCACUGGAGCUCUGCGCCAGGUUCAAGGACCACCAGUUUCUGCGCCAGGCUCGCGUCUCAGGCACCUGGGGAGACACUGAGAGGCUCAUCCCCUACUUCCCUUUCAUUGGGGAUCAGCCGUUCAGGAUCGAGAUCCAUUGUGAACAGCUGCGAUUCCGUAUAUUCGUGGAUGGACACCAGCUCUUUGACUUUUACCACAGAGUGCCAAAACUCCCUGAAAUUGACACAUUAUGGAUCAAGGGGAGUGUUAGAAUUACCAAACUGGGUUGAAUCAAAAAAAGAAAAUCAGCAUUGAAUGGACCUCACUAGAGUGAAGAUCAUGCAAGCAAUGUUUUCCUAUGCAUCUUGAGACAAAACUAAAAGUAUAAAACUUCAACAACAAAUAGCCCUUCAAACAGCAUUGAAUCAUGCAGCUAAUUAUGUGUGAUUUUGUUUAUUCAGAAUGGCCUUGAGUUCACAAGGCUUGGACAGAAAGUACAUACUAAAAAUGUCCAAACCAGAUCAUCCAUUUUUAAAUACUGGCAGGGCCGGUCCUUCCUACAGGCGACAUAGGCAGCCGCCUAGGGCGGCAUGAAGAGGGGGGCAGCAUUUUCCCAAGUGCAUCCAUUAAUUGUGUGCUAACCCAAAUGUUGAUACAUGUCGCCUAGGGCGCCAGAUGUGCUAGGACCGGUACUGAGUACUGGUGCUAUUGUGUCUGUGUUAUGCCUUAAUGCAAUUACUGGUCAAAUGAGACUUAAAUCAAUUUAUGUAUUUUCAUGAAUAAGUAAGCAACUGUGAUAACAUGUUGAUGACUAACAAUGGACAGUCAGAAAAUAGUGUUAGGCAAACAGUUAAAUAUAGUGUGACUUUGAUAUGAUAUAUCACUGGGUGUGUUUCCUCAAUGUUUAUUUAUUAGAUAAAUAAGUGACUGUCAUGGGGCUUGUCCCAUCAAUCUGUUUGUCUUAUUUUAAUU